GAAUAGAGAGAGAGGGUGGGCGAGAGCGAGAGCGAGAGCGAGAGAGAGAGAGAGAGAGAGAGGAAUCGAUUUCAAUUUCAAAUAAUACUUAAAACACUCGAAAAGCACACCACCGCUUUCGUCUACGUCUCUCUCUCUCUCAUAUUAUUCUUAAAAUCGGUUGCUCAAAUUCCUGUAAUUUCGAAUUAUCAUUCCGCUCCCCGCCCCGCGUUUCAGUUCGUUUUUCCUUACUUCUGCAAUUAGGGAUUGUUUCGAUUCCAAUUUAUUGUGGAGGAAUGGAGAACUCCAAUGCCAAGGCGGACGCCGACAACACCACCACCACCACCACCACCACUGCCGCCGACGCGCAACAAAACCCUACCGAUAAUCCGCAGAAUGCCGGAGAUGGUGCUGGAAAUCGCCGCCAGAGAACUCCGUUUACGGACCUCAGUCAAGUAGAUGCGGAUCUUGCCCUUGCUCGGACUCUCCAAGAACAGGAAAGAGCUUAUAUGAUGUUGAGAAUGGAUAUUGCAAAUGGCAGUGAUUAUGGAAGUUGGGAAGCUGACAGUUAUGGACAUGAAGAUGAGGCUGAUGAUGAUGAUUUUGAUGAUGCCAGUGAAGAGGAUUACGAUGGUUCUGAUGUGGAGGUAGACGAUGAUGCAGAAGAUGCAUUCGAUGUGCAUGCUCAUGCUGAAGAAGCAGAAGAUACCCAAAAUGCUGAAUUGGAUCCCUCUGCCUUUUCAAGUGAUGAGGCCUAUGCUAGAGCCUUGCAAGAUGCUGAAGAACGGGAAAUGGCAGCCAGAUUGUUAGCCCUGGCUGGGAUAAAUGGAAUGGUUGUCGGGGAAGAUGAAGAGGAAGAGUUAGAUGAGCAUGAUGGUAAUCCUCAGGAUGCAUGGGAGGAGGUUGAUCCUGAUGAACUGUCAUAUGAGGAGUUGCUUGCACUAGGUGAUGUUGUUGGUACAGAAAGUAGGGGUCUCUCUGCAGAUACAAUUGCUUCCUUGCCUUCCAUAAAUUAUAAAUCACAAGGCAUUCAGGAAGGGAGUAAUGAUACCUGUGUUAUAUGCAGGUUGGACUAUGAGGAUGGAGACACCUUGACUGUUCUUUCCUGCAAACAUUCAUACCAUUCAGAGUGCAUUAACAAUUGGUUGCAAAUAAACAAGGUUUGUCCUGUAUGCAGUGCUGAAGUCUCCACUUCAGGAAAAAGCUAGCAUACUCCAUCAGCAAGCUGAAGAUAUUUUGCAUGAAAUGGGGCAGAGCAAAUAACCGGCAGCUCUUACUGUUUGCGUCUAUUGUCAAAACCGUCAACAGCAUAAAAGGAUGAACUCACUAUUGAACUACUUGUAUUCCUUUUGGUUGUUCUGACUGAAAUAUAUUAGCCACAUUGAAUAUUUGCUACCACAAUCUUUGGUGGUCAUUGGUUACUUUUAGCAAUACUUAGGGCUCAGAGCUUUUAAUCGUGCAUGUGUCUUUCCUACCUACCAAUAUUUCUGUUUGAUGGGCAAUUAUGUUUUCGAUAAAA